GGGAGGGGGAACUGGGCUCCCGGCCCCCGGAGGCUCUGCAGCUUUAAGAAGGGGAGCUGGCUGCCAGCCACGGAGGCCCCGGAAGGCCGCCUGCCAUCUUGCACGGGCCACGUGAGCACAGGCUGCAGGCAGCGACAGUCAGCGCUGGGCCCGGCCUGGGCUUGCAGACCCGAGCCCCGCAGGCCAGCCCCAGCGGCAGUGGCGCCGUCAAGCCGAAGAAAGGGGACCUUUAUGCCUUUUGGGGGAAGCACACAUUCUGCGAGGCCAAGGAAACAAAGAGAGGAACUGUUUGUAGCCCUAGUCCAGACGUCCCAAACAAACAGAGGCCCUGAACAAGCCCUGGGAGGAGGAGCCACUUCAGAGGAGCUCCCUCUGGCUGGAAAUUUUACACCUGCAGCAAGUAAGUACAGACUUCCUGGAGCCUCAGGCCACAUCACCCCAAGAUGAUGCUGAUGCUGAUGGGUGAGCUCCUUUUCACGGAGCUGGAACAGGAACCCUGAGUUGGAGAAUACUUGGACCAGCCUCUGCUGCUGCCCUGAAGCGUGUUGAACACUGACUGGUCCAGCCAGGCAAACAAAGGGUUAAGUGCUGCCAUGUGCUCCCAUCAUUCCACCUGGCUGUUUGAGAACAUCUGGAGCAUGCAUUCCUAGAAUUGGAUUACUUGGGUAAAGCAGAGAAAUGACUUUCUAAUGGUGGAAUUCCAGGCAUCUGUGACAGGCAUAGCUGAGAGUCCGCUGACGCGUUGAAACCUCCUUCUAGAGCAUGUUAACCUUAAAGAGAAAACUGCCGGCCAUUUUACCAGCAAAAACGGGUUUAUUUGGAAAUAGCAGAGAAUUGCAAUCCCAGGACGUGCAAGCUGUGGCAAAGCUACAGGCAAGGCCAGAGACUCUGGCCCAUUCAAAGACAACAUGAUAACCUUCACUCUUCCCUCUGCCAUAAGGAGCUUGAUCCUACAGAGGACACCAGACAUCAGAACUAUGUCCAGCAUGGCUGGGGUAAGGCUCCGACCAGCCAGCAUGGUGGUCCUGCACAGGGCCCUGGCUCCAGCCUUUGAAAAGUUCUGCCAAGCCAACAAUGGCCCUCUGCCCCUCCUGGGCCUGACUGAGCCAGGUAAGUGGACGUUGCCUACCCCGAACGCUGUUCUGGACACCAGGACAGGGUGUCCCUAGUUCCGGAAGUACGAGUUUGUUGCCCACAGAGGCAGCCUGACCUCAUUGGAGGAGUACUUGGAGCAGCUGAGGGACAUGGUGACCUUCCUCCCGGACUGCAGGUCCUCCCUGGAAGCAGCCUUGGAGAAGGUGGGGCUCCCCAGAAGAGACUCCGUAGGGCAUGGUCACGUGGGUGCGUACGAGACGACAGCGCCUUGUGCCACCAUUGCUGGCUUUUGCUGCCACCUGGUGGUCACAAUGCGGCCCAUCCCCAAGAACAAGCUGGAAGGGCUGGCGCGGGCCAGUUGCUCCCCAGGGAAUAAGGGACAUCCCAUUCAUGUCGGCGACCCGGAAUGGUUGGGAAUCAAAGAUCUUUCUAGACCUGACUAUGGGGAGCCUGUGGUGUGUCAGCCGGGGGACGUCCCAGUGUUCUGACCUUCUCCAAUGACCAGCCUCGAAGCUGUCAGCAGCUGCAAGACCCCGCUGGCUUUCACCAGUGCACUGGGUUGCACAGUCAUGACCAACCUGAAGAAUACAGAGGCUCCACCCAGUUGUCUUACCCCUGAGGGAAUUCCUGAGGUCCAUCACAUUUCCCAAAAUCCUUUGCCCUACAGCAUCGCAUCGGCUUCAGCUGUUCAGAAGAUUAGAGAACUAGAGACUAUAAUUGUCAUAGACCCAGGCCACCGGAGGAUCGGGCACCUGCUCUGUAAAGGUGAGCUGCUGAGGGCCUCCCUGUCACUGUCCCACGCCCACUCGGUGCUCGUCACCGCCGGCUUCCCCACUCACUUCAACCAUGAGCCCCCAGAAGAGACAGACGGCCCAUCAGGAGCCAUUGCUCUGGCCGCCUGCCUACAGGCCUUGGAGAAGGAAGCCUCCGUGAUCGUUGACCUGAGAGCUUCGGGUUUGUUCAAGAAACCUGUGGAAGAUGCCGUUGAGCAAGGGGUCCUGAAGACACAGAUCCCCAUAUUAACUCUCCAAGGUGAAUCAGCGGGAGCUGCUCAGGCAUUUCUCUGCAAAGAUGGGGACCCCAAGUCACCCAGAUUCGACCAUCUGGUGGCAAUUGAGUGCACAGGAAGGGCCGCCAAUGGUAAUUGCUAUAAUGCGAGGAAGAUGAGCAUCAGGCACUGGGUUGACCCCACUGAUGAUCUUUUGCUGGCAGCACAGAAGAUUCCUGGAAUCUCAGCUACUGGUAAGGGUUGGUGAUGGGGCAAUCAGCUUGGGAAGGACAAAGUCAAGGAGGCUGUGAAAAGACACAUACAAAAUGGGGAUGUGAUUGCCUGUGAUGUGGAGGCUGACUUUGCUGUCAUCACUGAUGUUUCUAACUGGGGAGGCUGUGCCUUGGCCUGUGUGCUGUACAUCCUCAACUCAUGUGAGGUCCACAGACAUUACCUAAGGGAGGCAGUUGGACCCUCCAGAGCACCUGGGGAGCAGGACUGGGCUCAGGCCCUUCCAUCCAUUGCUAAGGAAGAAAAAGUGUUGGGCAUCCUGGUGCGGCACCAAGUCCAGAGUGGAGUCUCGGGCGAGGUGGGCCCGGAGGUAGAUGGGCUGUCCUUCCACGGCACCCACGCCCAGAUGAUCCAGAAGCUGGUGGAUGUCACUGCGAUGGGUAUGUGACUGUGCAUGUAGAGUGCGUACCAGAUGGCCGUUCCUGGAACUAGGAGGGAGUUCCCUGAGGGCCCUGAGCUCCUUUCCACACGGUCCUGGGUGAGCAGCGCCUGUGACGGGACAGCGCAGACGUUGGGGACCGAAGAGGAUGUUUCCUCAGGGCUUCCAGUCCUUUGCUUUUCUUCCUAAGUGCUAAGAGGGAUUGAUUUCAGCCCUCCUCCUCAGGCUUCUUCAGAGCACCCACAUGGUCUGCUCUGAGAGUUUUCCGAGGCACCACUUAUGGGGACAAGAGGAGGCAUGACUAGAGCCAUGAAUAAUCCCAAGGCUAAUUAAGAAAUAGUAAAAAAAAAAAAAACCACACACAAAAAACGGAGGGGGCACCUGGGUGAG